CGGCUCUCGCCCAGCCCCGCCCCCGCGCCCCCCUCCCCGGCUUCACUUGGCCGCCGCGACCCUCCUACUGGCCGGAGAGCGGCGGCCCCGCCACAGCCGAAGGCAAGCCCCAGCGCGGCCAUCCCGGACCCCGCGCCGCCGGCCUCGGGCCCGCGGGCGGCGGGCAUGCUGGCAUGGCAGGACGGCGGGGCCAAGGCGGCUCCCGCCCACCACAAGAUUUCCUUCUCUGUCCUGGACAUCCUGGACCCGCAGAAAUUCACCCGCGCUGCGCUCCCGGCCGUGCGUCCUGCUCCCCGGGAAGCCAAGAAAAGUUUGGCAGAGGCCGAAGCGGGGAAGGACGCCAGCCCGGGGGACUCAGCUCGGCAACGGGAGACCCCUGAUGCUGCGGACCGCGGCGCGGGCGCGGCGUCCCCCUUGGAGGGCUCGGAGGCGGAGGAGGCCGAGGAGGAGGAGGAGGAGGCCGAGGACGCGGGGCGGCGGCGGCGGCGGCGGAGGGAGCGGGCCGCGCGCCUGGAGGCGGACCCGGCGCGUUCCCCCGAGUCCCGGGCGGCGGCGUUGGCGGCGGGGGAGCGGGCCCCCGGCGGGCUGGCGGGCUCCCCGGGCUCGCCCGACUCCCCGCGGCCGCGGCGCCGGCGCACGGAGCCCCGCUGCGCCAAGCCCAGGCGCGCGCGCACCGCCUUCACCUACGAGCAGCUGGUGGCUUUGGAGAACAAGUUCCGGGCCACGCGCUACCUGUCCGUGUGCGAGCGCCUGAACCUCGCGCUGUCGCUCAGCCUCACUGAGACGCAGGUCAAAAUCUGGUUCCAGAACCGCAGGACCAAGUGGAAGAAGCAGAACCCGGGCGCCGACGGUGCGGCGCAGGCGGGGAGCGGCGCGCCCCAGCCCGGGGCGCCCGGAACGGCAGCCGCGGCGGGCGGCGGCGGCUCGGGAGGCAGCCCCGGCGCCCCCGGGCCGGGCGCGCUGCCCUUCCAGACUUUCCCCUCCUACUCGGCGGCCAACGUCCUCUUCCCAGCCGCCACCUCCUUCCCGCCGACGGCCGCCGCCGCCGCCGCCGCCGCCGCCGCCGGGGGCCCCUUUGCGUCCUUCCUCGGACCCUCCUACCUGACCCCUUUCUACACCCCGCACCUAUGAACCUGGAGCUUCUCGGGGGUCCACUUCGUCGGGACUCACAAAUGACUGGCGUCGUCGUGUGGUCCCGGUUCCACCGAGGGCGCCGACGUGCACGGCCCGCCCCCUCGUGGUGAACGGGUGUCUGCGCGCCGCUUCCUUUCCAGCUGUGGGGAGGCGCCACCGGAGGGCAGGGAGAGGCCGCCUGCCGACUCCCGCAGCGCCCCUUGCCGCCGCGCCGACCCCCUGAAUCCACGAGAUCCGCAAAGGGGAUCAAGGAUCUGCAGUCUUUAAAAGUGCCCCGAGACGAAGGCUGUCCUCAGAGCUUAGCGUUUCUGAACUUGGCUCUUCGCUUCGGGUCAGGCUCCAUUCGGUUCAAGGGCUCCUCUUGAGGGUCUGGGUGUCCCGAGCAGGGCUGACACUGCCGCGCUGCGGGGUUGCAGAUGCCGGGGACCCGAGACUUCCUGCCCACGGGUCGCUCACAAUUAGGAUGGACUCUUCGAACAUUUUAGCUCACACACGUGGUAAGCAGCUUGCCCUUUUCGGAGCGGAUGGUCUCCCUUUUCGUACUUGAUUUUUGGCCCCAAACCAAGGCUUCCUCCCAAAUAUUGAAUGAGCUGGGUCCACGAGCACACACUGGCGCGGUGAAAUGGACUAUUUUUCAGAUGCACAAAUUUCUACGUUUUUAGAUUUUCAUUUCAGAUGGGGACUUGAGCACAAUUCUUGUUCCAAACGGACUCUCCUGAGAGACUAGGUCUCUUACUUUUCUGAGAAGCCCUAGAAGUCUCUGCUAGGAAACGUAACGGCUUUGUGGCCGGGCUUACCUGCUAACGCAGACACAGUUCCGCCGCGCCGCACAUUUUCUGAGCAGUUUCCCGAACCAGGCAAUGGCCUCAAACGCGUAAAAAUGAUAAGGAAGGGACCAGUGGUUCGAAGCCUAUGCCUGAGGCCGCCUGUUUUGAUUUCCAGUCUUUGAUAUUCUUAAAACUUCAGUCCUGUUUCCUACGUCGGUCCCGGCAAUGCCUAGGCCCGCAAAUAGUGAACCAAAAGCUAGGAGAGAGGAGCUCCUCCGGCACACGUGACUGUCAUGAAUUGGACUUUUUUUUUGAGCAGCAGGCAAAAGUUCCUAUUAGAGUAUCAGAUUAGAAAAGAAUGGUAUGAAAGCUGUCUUUACAGAGAGGGGACAUUCGAAAGUGAAUGCCUGCUGGGCUAUUUUUUAAAAGCACAAACUCAACAUUAUUAGAGCUUCAUCUAGAGCAAUUCUUGUUCCAAACAGACUCUCCGAUGGCAUGGUGAACAUGUGAAGGGUUGUCAAGGGUGUGAAGGAAGUAUUUCUGGGGCUACAGCGGAAGCAAAAUCGUACCCAUAAUGGAUUCAACCGCCGCAGCUUAAUGUAUGGUCCUUAGUUCCAACUGCUACUUUUUUCUCCCUUAAAAGAUUAGUUAUUCUGUCAAAUUCUCACGCCAGACUUGUUUGGAAUGCUGCUUUUAGUUUUCUAUGUAAUAUGUGUGAAGCUCAUAUCUCAGAAACCCAGCUCUGCCUAACUAGGUCACGUUUAUUUCUUCCUUACCUGGAUUUGAUUAUUUGAGGCCUGCUGCUAUCUACGUGGAUAGCAUCCUGCUUGCCAUUUUUUGAUAGCCUGUGCCAUUAAAAAUUAAAUUUAAUGAUCACGGGCUGCUUCUAAAGUACAUGCAGUUUGGUCUCAUGAACACAUGAUAUCAUAAUUUUUAAAUAUCUAGUUUAUGGUUAUCAGAAAUGAUAGAAAAUAUCCCCCCUCCCUUAUGCCAAAUUCAAUGAAGACUCCCUAUUCACAGGACUCUCACAAGAUUUGAGAAUGUGUAUCAUUUAAUUGCGUAUUAUUUACUAAUUACUGUUUUCCUUCU